CACACCCUUCUUCCCUCUCUCCCUCUUCCUUAAAACCCUAAUCUCAAUGACCACCACCGUAGCAUCGCCGCCGCACCACCCAGAGGAACUUGUUCCAUCUUCAAGAGUAAGCCCCAAGACCGUCGACACCGCCGUCACCGCUCUACUCAAAUGGAGAAGCGAGAAAUCAAAAACAGAGAAGCCACAGCUCCUCGAGCAAGACGAGUUCAUCUACCUAAUCGUCACCUUAAAGAAGAUCCCUCAAACAAACCGCACGAAGCCUCACCGCAUCCCCCUCCCUCACCCUCUCAUCAACACCUCCGAAGACUCCUCCUCCUCCUCCCCCGAGCUCUGCCUCAUCAUCGACGACAGGCCUAAAAGCGGUUUAACGAAAGAAGACGCGAAGAAGAAGAUCAAAUCCGAUAACGUCCCGAUCACGAAGAUCCUCAAGCUCUCGAAGCUCAGGAGCGAUUACAAGGCCUUCGAGUCGAAGCGCAAGCUCUGCGAUUCCUACGAGAUGUUCUUCGCGGACCGGAGAGUGAUCCCUCUCCUGCCGAGGCUGAUCGGGAAGAAGUUUUUCACUUCCAAGAAGUUACCAGCAGCUGUUGAUUUGAAGCAUAGGAACUGGAAGGAGCAGGUGGAGAGGGCGUGCGGGUCGGCGAUGUUCUUUGUGAGGACGGGGACGUGUAGUGUGGUGAAGGUUGGGAAGUUGUCUAUGGAAGGGGGUGAGGUUGUUGAGAAUGUGAUGGAGACUUUGAGUGGGGUUGUUGAGGUGUUGCCUGGGAAGUGGAAGUAUGUUCGGUCGUUGCAUUUGAAGUUGGCGGAGAGUGUUGCGUUGCCUGUGUAUCAGAGUGUGCCGGAUUUGAAGAUGAAGAUUGAUGGUGGGAAUGGGAAGAGUGUUGUUGUUGUUAAGGAAGAGGGGGAGAAGAGUGGUGUGGUGAAAGGGGAGAAGAAGAAGAAGGGGAGGAUUCAUGAGGUUAGGUAUAUGGAUAGUAAUGUCUCUGAGGUGCUUGAUGAUGAUGAGAUUGGUGAUGUUGAGGUGAGUAAUGACGUUGUUGAGUGUGGUGGUGAUAAGAAGAAGAAGAGGAAGAAGGUGAGUGAGGUUGCGGAGGCUGAGAAGCCUAAGAAGAAAGUGGCCAAUGGGAAGGUGAAAGAGAAUGAGUUAAAGCCGAAGAAGAAGACAAAGGUUAUGAAACAAGAGUCUGGAGGUGGUUCGAAACCGAAGAGGAAGAAGAGUGCUUAGAAAGUAAGAUCAAGGUUUUUGCUUCUUUUUCAACUGGGUAAUUUUAUGUUUUUUUCUUAGUGCUGAUUACAUUUUGGUGUAUGCUUCUCUUUAAAUGUUGAAACUGUGUUACUAUGGUUUUGGUGGUUUUGUGGAGGAAACAAACAAAUAUCAGUUUUGAGCAUUUCUUA